AUGGACUCUCUCGCGACCCGUGACGCCCAUGUGCGCGUGCAAUCGCCCUUGCGGACAGAACAGAGAGCAAACGGGUCAAUAUCGUCCUCGACUGUACCCAACGGGGAGCCUGUAAGGUCCAAUUACGCUGCUUCGGGAACCGGGGGUUUCCCAUUCAAUGCGCCUCCUGGUGCGGUUGGAGAAACCCCGACCAACGAGCUCGUAGCACCAAGCGGCAGCGGCGCUGCUACGCCCCGCGAUGCAGUAUCAGACCUUCCUCCAAACGGUCCGAUCUCCCGGAAAGCCACGAGCGAAUUCGGCGUGCCUACGCCUCGUCGCAGCGUGCAGUUUGCCCGAUCCUCCACUCAGGAGAAUGCGCCGUCAUCCCAUUCUCACCCCCACUCCAGACAGCAGUCAUGGGAUCCGGAGGAUGGAGAGCCGCCUACAGUUGGGAGGCAUGGGAGCUCGCUCUUUUCGAAGCUAAAGGCACUGGCAACGCCCACGUCUUUACAUAGUCAUGGGCGGAGCACGAGCGGCUGGAUGGCCGGAGAUUCGGCAGCGGACGAGAGCACAAAUCAGACGCCCACGGGCCCGCGCUCUCCAGACUCAGAACGACUCGAGCCGCGUUACGAUUACAGCAGUGAAGCGGAUGCGGAUGCGGACGCCGAGGAAAGCCCUGCGGAAGGUGCGUCAGGCAGGCCUCCUCGAAGGAGAAGGAAGGGCCGCCGACUGCCUGAUGGAGGAAUUCAAACUGCGCCCACUACGCCAAAGGCUCUACCAAGCUUUCUCAACGACUCGCCGGGUAAUACACCCACUUCCCCCAUGGGGCAAAGACCCGCUUUCAUGUCAAGGCACUCAACCUUGGAGAACCUACCUGAACACCAUAGACAAGGAUUUUCCGAGGACGAAGGUCGCGACCGGUUAGAAGGUGGUUGGAGAAGAGGAUUCUCUCAUCGUGGACUCACUCACAGCGGUCAUCGAUACCACGACAGCGAAGGGACACCGGACAACAGAAGACCAAGCAACUUCCGACGCAUAACAGGCUUUGGUGGCCAUCAUGGUGAUGAGGCAUCUCCAUCGACAUGGCGACGCAACAUUGGAGAGCGAGCAACAAGCGUAAGCGCGCAGAAGUGGCGUUCGAUGAAGAAUGCUCUCAGACUGCUUGGUAGGCAAAGAAAAGAAGACAAGGUUGACCACGCCAAAUCUGCGGAGCUACUUGCUGAGCUUCUCGCUGGAGCGCCUGCGGCACUCUUUCUUGCAAGCAACUUCCAGAGGGAUGAGCAUGGUCGGAAGAGAGUGCCAGUAUUACUCGAGCAGCUCAAGGUUCGCAUUACUGAUAGUGCUCGCACCGAUCCAAGGGGCAAAGAAAAGCAGCCGGUCUUCCGCAUUGAGCUUGAGUAUGGCAGCGGCAUUACCCGGAUGAAGUGGGUCAUUAAUCGCUCCGCCCGCGACUUUACGAACCUGCACCUGAAGUACAAGGUGCAGAGCAGCCAAGAGAAGUACCUCAAGUUCAACACGGACGAUCCUGGUCGCACCAGACUGCCUCGUUUUCCUAAGAGUGUUGCUCGAGACUAUGUACCGGGCGUCCUCGGAAGCUUCGGCGACGAUGAUGAUGAAGAGGAAGACGAAGCCAAUGCCGACCCCACAGAUGGAGAUGACACUGAACGACCUGGCAAAGGCAAGAGGCGGCGCUCAUCUUUCGGUUUCUCCAGAAGGAAGUCUAGCACAACAGGGCCUUCAGCAGGCGGCGCGAACGGUGGACUUACAGGACGGGCAGGGAGCAUUGUCGGAACAGGCGCUUCAAGCAACCGGAAAGAAACUGUUCAAGAGCGGCAACGGAAAAAACUCGAGCUAUACCUUACGCAGUUGAUCACGUCCUUGAUCCUCCGGCCCGACGCCAAUCGACUGUGCAAGUUUCUCGAGAUUUCCGCUCUAGGUGUCCGCUUGGCCGCUGAGAACAGCUACCAUGGCAAGGAAGGAUCUCUGAUGAUUAGCACUGGCAAGGGUGUUGACUUCCGCAGGGCAUGGAGACCCGAGCUCAUGAAAGCACGACAUCAGCCGAAGUGGUUCCUCGUGAGAGACAAUUACAUUGCCUGCGUCGAUUCGCCAGAGGAAAUGAACAUCUAUGAUGUCUUUCUUGUGGAUCAGGACUUUACCAUCGAAGCAGAAAAACGACUCAGAGACAUGCGUGAUCAAAGUGGGAGAGAUAUAGCCAGGAAAGCAAAGACCUCCGCGGCGCAUCCUAAGCAUCAUCGUCUGACGAUAACCAAUUCGGAGCGGACGGUCAAACUGCUAGCCAAGAACGAGCGCAUCCUGCACCAAUUCGAAGACUCCAUCACCAUAAUGCACAAUUUAACCAGCUGGUCCAAGCCCCACAGAUUUGAUAGCUUUGCUCCUGUCAGACAGAACGUCUUCGCUCGGUGGCUAGUCGAUGGCCGAGACUACAUGUGGAAUGUCUCACGUGCAAUUGAGAUGGCACAGGAUGUGAUCUACAUUCAUGACUGGUGGUUAAGCCCCGAACUUUAUAUGCGACGGCCUGCUGCCAUUAGCCAGAAGUGGAGGCUUGACAGAUUAUUGCAGCGGAAAGCGCAAGAAGGGGUCAAGAUUUUCGUCAUCAUAUAUCGCAACAUCAACACCGCCAUCCCCAUUGACUCCGAAUAUACAAAAUUCUCUCUGCUGGACCUGCAUCCCAACGUUUUUGUACAAAGAUCGCCCAACCAGCUCCGCCAGAAUACCUUUUUCUGGGCACAUCAUGAGAAGAUAUGCGUUGUGGAUCAUACGAUUGCAUUCUGCGGUGGUAUAGAUCUGUGUUUCGGGAGAUGGGACACUCCGGACCACUCCUUAACCGAUGACAAACUGACCGGCUUCGAACUCAACGACGUGCCGAAGGACUCGGAACACUGCCAGAAUUGGCCGGGCAAGGACUAUUCCAAUCCCAGAGUGCAAGACUUCUACGCUCUAGACAAACCUUACGAGGAGAUGUAUGACAGAACCAAGGUCCCACGCAUGCCGUGGCACGAUAUCGCCAUGCAAAUCGUAGGUCAGCCAGCAAGGGACUUGACUAGACAUUUCGUACAGCGAUGGAACUUCAUCCUACGUCAGCGCAAGCCAUCGCGUCCAACGCCGUUCCUCCUUCCGCCCCCGGACUUUCUUGAGGGCGAGCUGAAAACGCUGGGGCUUGACGGCACCUGCGAAGUUCAGGUCUUGCGAUCAGCCGCCUCUUGGUCGAUCGGCACGCCAAACAGGGUCGAAUGCAGUAUUCACAACGCAUACAUCAAAAUGAUCGAGACUUCGGAUCACUUCGUCUACAUCGAGAACCAGUUCUUCAUAAGCAGCUGUGAGGUUGAAGGCGUGAAGAUCGAGAACAAGAUUGGCGAUGCGCUUGUUGAGCGGAUCAAGAGGGCACACGAGGACCAGGAGGACUGGCGGGCUAUUGUCAUUAUCCCACUCAUGCCUGGCUUCCAGAACACGGUCGACCAGCAAGACGGCAGCAGCGUCCGCUUAAUAAUGACAUGCCAGUAUCGCAGCAUCUGCCGAGGCGAGACGUCAAUCUUCGGGCGCCUGCGAGCGGUGGGUAUUGAGCCGGAAGACUACAUCCAAUUCUACGCUCUGCGCUCGUGGGGCAAGAUUGGCCCAAACAAAGCUCUUGUGACAGAACAGCUGUACAUACACGCCAAGUGCAUGAUCGUUGACGACCGCGUCGCCAUUAUCGGCUCGGCAAACAUCAACGAGCGCUCCAUGCUCGGCGGUCGAGACUCCGAGGUUGCAGCUGUUGUCCGAGACCACGCAAUGGUUCCAUCUGUCAUGGCGGGUGAAGCUUACAAGGUCGGAGUCUUCCCCCAUACACUGCGUAUGCGCCUGAUGCGUGAGCAUCUUGGCUUUGAAGUCGAUGAGUUGGAAGCCGACAGCGUAAGCGGGAGGCGAGACCGGCGUACGUCAGACGCUGCUUACGAAAGCGACAACUCCAUGCCGGUUCCAGAUCACGUCACGGAGCAGAAGCUCGCCGAUGCGAAGCACAGGUGGCAGGAUGAACUUCUGGCUAGGAACGAGAGAAUGCAUUCGUUCAAUCACGACGUUGACUGGGAAGAAGAGAACAAUCCGAACCUCAUGAGCAACAAGAGACCCACGGCAGACGCUCGCGUUACUAAAAACCCAGCGCACGAGGCUGAUGUUGCCGGGCUUGGAGUAGACCGCAUGGUCGAGCACAUCGGUGUCGAUGACCUUGGCAGGGAUUCAACUGUAUUGCCCAGCGGCCGUGAGGUUUUGGUCUCGGAUGUCGCUGCUGAAGGCAAGGGCACAAUCGUCUCACCCAGCAAAGGCAAGCAGAAAGGACGGGCUAGAGCCAAAUCCGCGGCAACGAAAGCAAGCGCUGCUUCCUCCGAUCCUUCAGUAAUCGGCAAUACCGGCUUGCCUCCCGCCCGGAUUCCCCGUAUGGACACGCAGGCUCUCGGUCUAACACUGCUCUCCCAAUUGCCGGCCCUACCAGUGCUGGAUGAUACGGAUAUUGGCGGUCCACCACUGCACCGGACGUUCAGUUCGACAAGCAGCAAGAUCAUCCAUCCGUUCUUAACGGACAUGAAGAGGCCGGUUGUUACUCCUGACUGCAUGCGUGACCCACUCAACGACUCCUUCUUCAUCGACACGUGGCAAGCCAUUGCCGAGAACAACACGAAGAUCUUCCGCCAAGUGUUCAGAUGCAUGCCAGACAACGAAGUCAAGACAUGGAAGGAGUACAAGGAGUACGCUGCGUUCGCCGAGCGCUUCUCAAGGGCGCAAGGCCAAGGCAAGAGCAUGGAAAGGCGAGAGCAGGAAGCACAUGGCAAGACGGGACCACCUGGUACAGGCACGUUGAAGGUGGUUGGUCAUAUGGGCGAGAAGGCUGGACAGCUGGGCGACGGUGUUCAGGUGCUAUUCGAGAAAACGGCGAGCAGAGACAGCGAGAAGCAGGACAAGCACAUGGGUUCGGUGGCGCAAUGGGCAGAUGAGCAGGAGAAGUCGAGCCGAGAGGGAACUGCCCACGGGCCCAGUGACACUUCCAACAGGAUAUGGGACGAGAAAGCGGCGCUGAAGGCAGAAGACAUGACCCCACCGACGACCGCUCAGCUCACCACUGCAGCUACAGCCCCAGCAUCUUCGCCGAUGCCACCGUUUAUCCCAGAGGCCGCCGUUACCGUCCCCACCAAUGACCUACCCGCGCACGGUGCCACCAGCGAAAAACUCAAUGUCCGCCGCCCUCGCACCGUGACCUACUCCUCUGAUAUCCCUCCACCCGGCGCUCAGAUAUCUACACCUGAUAUCCCUUCCACGACGUUCAAGAAUACGAACAAAGGUAAGGGCAGCACGAAGCGACGACGCCGCGCCACCACAAAGAGUUCCACAAGGCAGUUCCACGCAAACGACGACAAUAUCUUAUUGGACAAACACGAUGCGGAGACACUGCUUGAGCUUGUGCAGGGCAACCUGGUUGUGUGGCCAUAUGACUGGCUAGAGAAGGAAGAGAGGGGCGGUGGGUGGAUGUAUGCUGUUGAUCAGCUCGCGCCGCUGGAAAUCUACGAUUAG